AAUACAUAAUGAUGGUACUUGGCUUGCCUACGAAUCCAUAUGUCACGCUUCGUAUAACAACACAUUUUUGGGGUUCUUGACUUCUGCACACUAAAUAAUGUACGAAUUGUGUCACGAAUUGUGUAACGAAACUAAAGUUGAACAAAAAGGGAACAAAUUUUAAAAUAAAAAAUAAAAAAUUGUGAAAACACUCCAAGCAAUACGCAGGUGAAAAAAAAAUUAUUGAAAUAACUUCAGGAAAGGAACACCGUCUGCUCAUCGUUUGCGUUACGAAAGGAAGAAAGAAAGUCUCACACCAAUUACAUACAUAAAACCGCAUGUCGAGGGUGCAUUGACAAUGAAAUUCCUCCAGAAACCAAAAAUACUCUCGAAAAGGACAUGAACAACGAAACAGCGUUUCCAAGCCGCCAGCGAAUUUUAAAUGUACAUAAUCCUCAGCCAAUCGCUAACCGAUUACCAAAAAUAAAAAGAAAGUACAAAAAAGUACGCUUAAAAUCGAAAAGAAAGUGGUUGGCUACCUGUGCGAAUACAGUCGCGCUGAUAUUUUUAACACUACUACAGCCGGUGAGCAGCAAUCGCCCGCCACGAUUCGCCAUCGACGGUGGUCAAGCCGAAAUUGUUUUGCGACUGAAGGAGAGUCCAGAGACUGUCGUCGGCUCCCAGAUAUACACUCUUAAAGGUUUCGAUCCCGAUAAUGAUCCCUUGGUAUUUGGUAAACGCCCAUCGCAUGAUAGCGAAAUCAUACGCAUCGAAAACACAGGAGGCAAUGAGGCUAAUGUCUACUUGGCCAAAGAAUUAGAUAGAGAGUUAAAAGACGAAUAUUCCAUAGUUUUAACGCUAACCGAUAACCAUUACAACGACUACAAUUAUGUAACGCAAAGUUUUCUGCUGCUCGUAGAGGACAUUAACGAUAAUGCACCCAUAUUUUUACCCUAUCAAAGCGCCAUCGAAAUACCCGAAAACAGUGAUCCUGGUAUUAUAACAACGCUAGAGGCAACGGAUGAAGACGAAGGUGCCUACGGACAAGUAGUCUACUAUCUUCAGGAAUUGGAUGGUGACAACGACAUGUUCUCCAUUUCAACGUACCAGGGCAAGGGUGUACUCCGAUUGAUGGGCGAGUUGGAUUACGAAACUAAAAGUUUAUAUCAAUUGCGUGUUUUAGCCGUAGACCGAGCCCAUCAGGGACCUGUCAAUACAGGCACUGCUGCCAUUCUAGUCAAAGUAGGCGAUGUAGGUGAUCAACCGCCGGAAUUUGUUGAAGUACAAGCUGUAACGCGCAUACCUGAGGAUGCAGAGAUUGGUACGCGCGUGCUGCGUGUACGUGCCAUUGAUGGCGAUCGUGGCAUCAACAAUCCAAUUGAAUAUGAAUUGGAGUUGACGGAGUUGUUCGAUAUUGAUCGGCAUACGGGCGUAGUUUACACGGCGCAGCAACUCGAUCGUGAGGAUAGCAGCAAGCAAGUAAAUGGAGCGUAUAUUUUGAAAAUAACAGCCACCGAGGUGCCACAUUCUCAAAUGAGUGCAUCGGAAGAGGUGAUGCAGGUCAAAACGGAAGUGACCGUGAUCGUGACGGACGUAAAUGAUGAAAUACCAACAUUCAGACAACCAAUUUACCGCUGUGAGGUGAAUGAGAAUUCCCAAAGCAAUACACCAUUGAGUUUUAUUGACGAUGAUGUACAGAAUUUCGUCGAAGAUCAUGACGUUGGCAGCAAUGGUACAUUUCGUUUGUUUUUGGAUCCACCAAAUGAUGUCUUCGAAAUUGUGCCGGCUGUGGCAGUGAAUGAGGUAAACUUUAUGGUGAGAGUGAAGAAUGCCAAGUCGAUCGAUUACGAAGAAAUGAAGGAGAUUAAUUUCACGCUUUUUGCGAGAGAAAUCGAUGAGCCGGAUAGGUGGAGCUCAGCGCACCUUCAAGUUUAUAUUCGCGAUCAGAACGACAACUUUCCCGAAUUCACACAGUCAAUCUACAACACCAGUAUACCGGAGAAUAGUGACCUGGGCGCGAUAGUUGCCAAAAUAGAAGCAACAGAUAUAGAUUCAGGCGACUUCGGCACUAUGGGCAUACGAUUUCACAAUCUGCGAGGAGGCAUAGCUCAUUUAUUACAUCUUAAUCCAAUAACGGGGGUUAUUACCAUUAAGCAGCCCGGUGACUCCGCAUUCGAUCGCGAGAUCAAUUCGCUUCAUUACCUUACCGUCGAAGCUAUCGAUAAUGUUGGCAUUGGGAACCGCAACACCGCACAGAUCCUAGUCAAUAUUGAGGAUGUCAAUGACAAUGCGCCAAUCUUUGUACAACGUCACUACGAGGCAAAAUUGCUAGAGAAUAAGCGCGAAUUCGAAACGCCACUACUUGUCGAGGCGCGCGACAUAGAUCUCAAUGGCACCGAGAAUAGUCAGAUCACUUACGAGAUUGUAGAAGGUCUCUAUCGUGAAAAUUUCACUAUAGACCCCGGACGUGGUCUGCUACGGCCAUUGCAUUCGUUCGAUUAUGAAGAGUUGUUAGAGAAUAGAGGUCGUAUACGGCGACGUGCCGAUAAUGGCAUACGCGAGAUCGAUUUGUUGGUACGGGCGCGAGAUUCAGGCAUACCGAUGCUCUCUACUGUGGUGCCGGUGCUCAUAUAUGUCGAAGAUGUAAACGAUAAUCUGCCCAUAUUUCAAAAGAAUUUCUACGCUAAAACUAUACCAGAAGACCUACCCGGCGGUAGUUCGAUAUUACAGGUGAUGGCUAUCGACCGUGACGGAUCGGCGCCGAACAAUGUGGUUGUAUAUCGCAUACAAAUGGGUGCGAGUGAUAAAUUUGUCAUCAAUUCGGAAUCGGGCGUAAUAUCGGUGGCACAUGGCGCGAACCUGGAUCCAGAUCUGACGGAGCCAAAGAAGCUCGUAUACACCCUGACUGUGCUCGCUUUGGAUGGGGGUAUAGGCAAUUCACAACUCAUGAACUCUGCAACGGUUAAUAUAACCAUAAAGGAUGUGAAUAAUAAACCGCCUGUUUUGGGAGAGCUUCCAACCAUACGCAUCAUGGAAAAUACGAUUGUGGGCACACAAGUGUAUCGCGUUAGAGCUACGGAUCUUGACGAAUCACCAAUCAUUCGUUACCGCAUAAAUCGUGACAAUUGUGAAGCGCGUAAUGAAGAGGGCACUUUCGUCAAACUGACCGAAUUUGAUUUUUUAAACGCCUUCGAUUUAGAUCCCAUCGGAGGAACGAUAAAACUUCUCAAACUCCUGGACCGCGAGAAGAUCGAAUAUUUAAAGCUGGCCAUAAGCGCGGAAGAUUUAGCUGCAGUAAAAGGAAAACAAGUCGCUGAAGCCAUUCUAAAUAUAAUAAUCGAAGAUGAAAACGACAAUAAUCCGAAGUUCAAGCAGCCGUUCUAUCGCAAAACGAUAACUGAGAAUAGUAUUAACGGUGUAUUAAUUGCGAAUAUACUUGCCUAUGAUUUGGAUAAAAAUAAAACCAUCACAUAUUCGUUGGAGGGUAAUCCCGCUGUAAGGAAUCUAGUACAUCUCGACCCACAAACGGGUGAGAUGGUGGUUGCAAAUAAAAUCGAUCACGAGCAAUAUCAGUGGUUGAAUUUGACGGUGCGUGCAACUGAUUCGGGUAUACCGCCACGAACCGCGCUCGUCGAUGUUUAUGUGUCGGUUUUAGACGAGAAUGACAAUAAUCCGUAUUUUAUUGGUGGUACCAAGAACUAUUCAAUUAGUGAAAAUGCUGAAAUUGGCGCACGAAUUGGCACCGUACAGGCAACCGAUGCUGAUUCGGGAGAUUUUGGCAAAAUCACAUUUCUAAUGGAUCGCAUUAGUUCGCAGGGAAAAUUCUCAAUUGACGCAGACACUGGCGUGCUCUCUGUCGCCGAUAGAUUAGAUCGGGAAACGAAAGAUUUUUACAUGCUAGUGAUCGAGGCUUGGGACAACUACCAGUUUGGUUUCUUGGCAGGCGAAAGUCGUAAUGCCUUCAAGCAAAUAUUCAUAACCAUACUGGACGAAAAUGAUAAUGCACCCGAGGUUUUUCUGCCCACAAGUUGUGUGCUGAUUACCGAAUACCACGAGUUGAAUGAGAAAAUUACAACUAUUCGUGGCAAAGAUGCUGAUGAUCCGGAAUCGCCAAAUGGUCGUUUAGAAUUUCAAAUAGCAAAAGGCAAUAGAUAUGAUCUAUUCGAGUUACGCCAAAUCGACGAAUGGACUGCAAAUAUUUACGCUCGCACACAUUUGCGCAACAAGUUCGGUAAUCACACACUAACCAUAGCCACGCGUGAUCUAGGUGUACCAUCGAAUGUUGUUACCAAAACUUUUGAUAUUUGUGUAUCGGAUUUUAAUGAUCAUCCACCAGUUUUUGUUACGCCGUUACAUAACACUACGCUACGCAUACCCGAAAAUACUACCGUCGGCACAGAGCUGCUGCAAGUGCUGGCCACCGAUGAGGAUAUCGGCGUAAAUGCUUUGGUGCAUUAUCGCUUGAAACCGGAUCCACUGGGCAGCUAUAAGAUAUUUCAGAUCGACAGUGAGACUGGACAAUUAUUUUUGAAGGAGAAAUUAAAUCGCGAGAAGCAGAAGAUACAUGAGAUAAGAAUCGAAGCAUAUGAUCAGGGACUGCCUACCUCUCUGAGUACCGAUCUAGAUUUAACGAUCUACAUACGGAAUGUAAACGAAUACGAACCGCAAUUUGUGGUUGAAGAAAUACACGUUAACUUUACAGAGCAUGCCGAUCCUGGCUCGGAGCGUGUCAAACUACCCGACACAAUCGAUAAGGACGAGGUAGAUGAUCUCGACGAUCCGCCCAGCUCAGUUUGCUAUUUUAUUGUAAAAGGAAAUGAGCAGGGCUAUUUUAAAUUAGAUCCCGAAACACAUAUACUCAGUGUGGAGAAAGAACUGGAUCGUGAAGUAAUUGCCAACUACACUCUCUUCGUGAGGGCUACAGAGAAUUGCGCUAACGAAAAACUCGCAUACGUAUCCAAACAAAUUUCCGCAACCCGUCGUUCAGAUAAUAUUGUUGGUAUUACGACGGCUUUACGGCCAGAACUCUCGAGCUUAGGGCGAAAGCAAGGCGGUUUUCUACGCAAUUCCGAUCAUUUCGAUCGCUACAAGCAUUCGCGCAAUUUGCGUUCGAUUAACGAAGAUGACGAGACAUCCACAGAGCAGGAAUCAUAUGAAUUCGCUGACUCAGACAACCCAUUGACAAGCGAGGAGCUGCUACUAUACGAUAGUACUGUGGUACGCGUACGUGUACGCGUCUUGGACAUCAACGAUAAUCCACCACGUUUUCGCACGAAAGUGUUCACCGGUGGUAUAACGACAAAUGCUGAUUUUGGCACGAAAUUUAUGCGUAUCGAAGCUUUUGAUCCGGAUGAGGGUUUCAAUGCUAAGAUUUUUUAUUAUAUGGUCGGCGAGAUUAGGCAAACAUUAUCAGAGGGUUUGGAAAAUGUUAGAAAAUCACCAUUUCUUGUGGAACGCGACACGGGCGAUGUGCAAUUAAAUUUCGAUCCACAAAAAAGUAUGAAAGGAUAUUUUGAUUUCAUGGUCUUGGCAAACGAUACUUUAGGUAUGAAGGAUGUGGCGCAUGUGUUCAUCUAUUUACUAAGGGAAGAUCAGAAGGUAAAGUUCGUUUUCCGACUGCAGCCGGAUGAGUUGCGUCUCAAAAUCAGCACAUUUAGGGAUACACUCAGCAAUGUCACCGGCGCAAUUGUCAAUAUAGAUGAAAUUAAAGUGCAUGAAAACAAAGAUGGCUCUGUUGAUAAAACAAAAACCGAUCUUUAUAUGCAUUUUGUAGAGCGAGAGGAUAAUUCUAUUUUAGAAGUGCCUGAGGUGCUAAAGCUAAUCGAUCAGCACAUCGAGCAAUUGGAUGAUCUAUUCAAGGAGCUCAACGUAUUGGAUACACAGGCAGCGGAAGCGGAACUACUGGUAGCUGGACCACCGAAGCCCAUGUUCGUUUGGUUAAUAUUCACUAAUCUGUUUAUGACGACAUUGUUAGUGGUAACCUUGGGUCUGUGUGUGUCGCAACGAAAGGGUUAUAAGAGACAGUUGCGCGCCGCCAAAGUUAAUAUUUUCA